UGUUAACCUGAUCUGACCUGGUGAGUGACUUUAUUUCUGGGCAAAAUAUGAUGCUUUUUCAAAUUAUAAAGUACACAGUGAAGGGACUAGUAGUGAAUUAAUAAACUGAAUGAAUCAAAACCUAACUUAGCCCUCAGAUGAAAAUGUUGACAUUCAGUUUUAUCUAACAUUGUUGAUUUGGACACAACUCUAAACAAAGUGGAAGGUUAGUACUUCUCAAGAAAGGCAUCAUUAUUUAUUGCAAGGUGAUCAUCAUAAAACUGGUUGUUAUAGUCUUUCUGUAACUGAAAUUGUCUUCAAAGCAAAUAGAGUAACUGAUGAAUUAAAAAAUUAUUGGCAUCAAAGUUUGUAUACAUUUUAUGAUUAUUUUUGCUCAUCCACAGUCAAAUCAGAACCAGCAGAUCCCAGUGAGGAGCCAAGUGUGGAUACAGUGGCACUGCCAGCAAAGAAUAUGAAGGCAGGUGAAAAGUUAAAGCUCAGGUUUGGUGUAGGACUCCAGUAUAUCAAUAUUUUGUGAAUGAUUGUAAUGCUUUUUUAUGGAUAAUCUUUAUUGUCUAAUAUUUAAUAAAAGUUCACUUUUUAUCUACAAAAUUUUACAAGUUUUAUUCAUGCAGAUGCCAGACAGGAAGAUGCCACUUAAAAGUGGUAUGCCAGCACAUAAAACACCAGAAUUCACAGCUGCACAGCUCCUAUUAGUAAAGCAUGAAGAAUUUAUUUUCUUCCAGCUGCCCAAUUCUCUUCCAAGUCAUCCUCCAGAGGUGAAGCAGGAAUCCAGUGCACCAUACUCACAGCAGCAGCAGCAGCAAGAGGAGAAGCCAUCUGACAGCAAUAAACGUGAAGAGGAGGAGAAGAAGGCCAGCCAACAGCACUGUACCCAGAACACCUUACCUAAGGGGAAGAUCGGCACUGUCAAGGUGUACAAGUCUGGCAAGGUGGAGCUGUGGCUGGGGAAUCAUAAGCUGUCUGUGAGCAAAGGGACACAAGUGGCCUUUCUACAGGAUGUGGUGAAUGUGGAUGUUGAUCAAGAGGCCAAGACUGGGGCCAUGAUAGUGCUGGGCUACCUGGGCCAUCGGCUGGUGUGCACGCCCGACCUCAAGGAACUUGUGAGGCAUUGGCUGAGCCUUAGGCACACUGGCAAUUAGUGGUGUUGCCAUGUUGAGGAAAAGCUUUAAGGUUUAGUUUUUUAUAAUCACUCACCUUUCUGUGAGAGACCCUCUUUUUUUCUGUCUUUGGUAGUGUAUGGAAAUACACUGUGUUUUGUGAUCUGUGUUGGGUGCUAACACUUACUGAUGGUUUCCUCAUCAGCGUAGCACUGAGGAGGCCACACUCCUCUCCAGAACCUGACGCUUGAACAUUCUGUGCUUGGUGCCACAAUAGGUCUUGUAUGGAACUCUUCCUUUGAAAUCCCUUUUAUAAGACACACUUCAGUGUAGUUUAAUAUUAUAGGAAAUAAGAUGGGAUUAGAUUUUUACAUAAGCCUGUUAGUGUUUGAUAUGAGUGACAUUUUAAUUAAACAAAAACGUACGUGAAAUAUGGGCUGUUAAGUUCUUCACUAAUUAUGUAUGUACAUGCCCAAUAAACUUUUAUAGUUUAUUAUCAGUUGAGACACAUAAGCAAAUUUACAAUUGUAUAAUUUUAGUUCAAUAUCUGGAUCUUCUGCCAUAUAAUGGCCGAAAUGUGUGAUGAUAAUAGUAAAAAAUUAUUAGAAGAGUUUUCUUUUCCACAGCAAUGGACUCACAGCCUGAGUCUUGUCUUACCUCUGAGAGUUUUGCAUCUUUAAUAAGUGAACUAUUAAGUGGAAUAAAAGGUAUAAUGAUGCCUUGUAAGUCAUGUAUAUUUUUCUUGUAUAUAUAGUAACAAAAUUGGGAGAAUAUGUGAUUGUUCAGGUGUAACAAUAUUAAAUUAUGCAUAAUAAAAUGGUAAUAGAGGAA